ACUACAACUGCUACACCUACACUUACUAAACCUACUACACUCACUAAACCUACUACACUUACUACACCUACUACACGUACUACAACUGCUACACCUACUAUACUUGCUACACCUGCUACACGUACUACAACUGCUACACCUACUACACUUGCUACAUCUGCUACACGUACUACAACUGCUACACCUACUACACUUACUACAACCGCUACACGUACCACAACUGCUACACCUCCUACACUUACUCACUUACUACACCUAAUUAAAUAUAAUACACCCGCUAUGCCUACUACAUCUAAUAUCCCUAUUACACCAACUACACUUGCUACACUUACUACACCUACUGCACUUACUACACCCACUACACCUAUCACACCUACUACACCUGUUCUACCUACUACACCUACUACACUUGCUACACCUACUACACCUACUACACCUACCACACAUAGUACACCUACUACACCUACCACACCCACUACCUGUACUACAACUAGUACAGCAAGUAUUACACCUAGUACUACACGUCCUACACCCUCUACACUUAGUACAUAUAAUACACCCGCUAUGCCUACUACAUCUAAUAUCCCUAUUACACCAACUACACUUGCUACACUUACUACACCUACUGCACUUACUACACCCACUACACCUAUCACACCUCCUACACCUGUUCUACCUACUACACCUACUACACUUGCUACACCUACUACACCUACCACACAUAAUACACCUACUACACCUACCACACCCACUACAUGUACUACAACUAGUACAGCAAGUAUUACACCUAGUACU